CCUCCAUUCUUCACACCUUCUCCUUUUUCUUCUCUUCAAUCUGCACUAAUUUCCAUUUUCCCCUUUUUUUCGAGAGCACACAAACACCAUCUUUCACAAUGUCUAUGGGACCAGCCGUCGGUAUCGACCUGGGUACUACGUACUCUUGCGUCGGUAUCUUCCGUGAGGACCGAUGUGAUAUCAUCGCCAACGACCAGGGUAACCGAACGACCCCUUCGUUCGUUGCCUUCACCGACACCGAGCGUCUGAUCGGUGAUGCGGCCAAGAACCAGGUCGCCAUGAACCCCCAGAACACCGUCUUCGACGCCAAGCGAUUGAUCGGACGCAAGUUUGCCGACUCCGAGGUCCAGGCUGAUAUGAAGCACUUCCCCUUCAAGAUCAUCGACAAGGGCUCCAAGCCCGUCGUCGAGGUUGAGUUCAAGGGCGAGAAGAAGACCUUCACCCCCGAGGAGAUCUCCUCCAUGAUCCUGACCAAGAUGCGUGAGACUGCCGAGUCCUACCUCGGAACCACCGUCAACAACGCCGUCAUCACUGUCCCCGCCUACUUCAACGACAGCCAGCGUCAGGCUACCAAGGACGCCGGUCUCAUUGCCGGUCUCAACGUCCUGCGUAUCAUCAACGAGCCCACCGCUGCUGCCAUCGCCUACGGCCUUGACAAGAAGGUCGAGGGUGAGCGCAACGUCCUCAUCUUCGAUCUCGGUGGUGGUACCUUCGAUGUCUCUCUCCUGACCAUUGAGGAGGGUAUCUUCGAGGUCAAGUCCACUGCCGGUGACACUCACUUGGGUGGUGAAGAUUUCGACAACCGUCUGGUCAACCACUUUGUUAACGAGUUUAAGCGCAAGAACAAGAAGGAUCUGUCCACCAACGCUCGUGCUCUUCGCCGUCUCCGCACUGCCUGCGAGCGUGCUAAGCGAACUCUGUCUUCGUCUGCCCAGACCUCCAUUGAGAUCGACUCUCUCUUCGAGGGUAUCGACUACUACACCUCCAUCACUCGUGCCCGUUUCGAGGAGCUGUGCCAGGAUCUCUUCCGAUCCACCAUCCAGCCCGUCGACCGUGUCCUUGCCGAUGCCAAGAUCGACAAGUCCCAGGUCCACGAGAUUGUCCUCGUCGGUGGCUCUACCCGUAUCCCCCGUAUCCAGAAGCUCAUCACCGACUACUUCAACGGCAAGGAGCCCAACAAGAGCAUCAACCCCGAUGAGGCCGUCGCCUACGGUGCUGCCGUCCAGGCCGCCAUUCUGUCUGGUGACACCUCCUCCAAGUCCACCAACGAGAUCCUGCUUCUCGAUGUCGCUCCCCUGUCUCUCGGUAUCGAGACUGCUGGUGGCAUGAUGACCAAGCUCAUCCCCCGCAACACCACCAUCCCCACCAAGAAGUCCGAGGUCUUCUCCACCUUCUCUGACAACCAGCCUGGUGUGCUCAUCCAGGUCUACGAGGGUGAGCGUCAGCGCACCAAGGACAACAACCUGCUCGGCAAGUUCGAGCUCACUGGCAUUCCCCCUGCCCCCCGUGGUGUUCCCCAGAUUGAGGUCACCUUCGACGUCGAUGCCAACGGUAUCAUGAACGUCUCCGCCGUCGAGAAGGGCACUGGCAAGUCCAACAAGAUUGUCAUCACCAACGACAAGGGCCGCCUGUCCAAGGAGGAGAUUGAGCGCAUGCUGUCUGACGCCGAGAAGUACAAGGAGGAGGACGAGGCUGAGGGCCGCCGUGUCUCUGCCAAGAACGGCCUUGAGUCCUACGCCUACUCUCUCCGCAACACCCUCAACGACCCCAAGGUCGACGAGAAGAUUGAGGCCGCCGACAAGGAGACCCUCAAGACCGAGAUCGACAAGAUCGUCCAGUGGCUCGAUGAAAACCAGCAGGCCACUCGUGAGGAGUACGAGGAGCACCAGAAGGAGCUCGAGGGUGUCGCCAACCCCAUCAUGAUGAAGUUCUACGGAGCUGGUGGUGAGGGUGGCAUGCCCGGUGGCAUGCCCGGCGGCCCUGGUGGCUUCCCCGGCGCUGGCGGCGCUCCCCACGCUGGUGGCGAUGACGGCCCCACCGUCGAGGAGGUCGACUAAAUUCACAAAAAGCUGUUUUGAUACCCCAACAUCAGACUUGAGCUUCCAGAUUGGUAAUGCGUCUACGAUGUGUCGAGGCCUACUCUAGGGGAUCAAGGGAUGAUGCCAUGAUUAGAUUCUUUCUUUGAGUUUUUGCUUUUAUCGUAACUAGCAUUUCACGGACAUGAAGGGUAAAAAGCUGGGCGGGACGCUGGCCCUGGUUGUAUUUUAAUGAGUUAUAAGGGAAUUAAAAAAAAAAUUCAAAUGGUUUAGACCAAU